AUGUCGUUCCUCCGCAAGGCGUCGGAUCCUCCAGCCUUCUUCCCUGUCUUCCCUACAUACCUGCUCCCCUCGCUUCCUUUCCGCCGCAAGUCGCGUCAAUCCAGCACCGACAGCAACGACUCAACCGGCACAACCUUCUCCACGAAUUCCGCUCAGUCUUCGUCCUCGUCAAACCCGUUCACGAGGAGUCCAACUCCCACUCCGAUCCCUACCUCCUCGUCCUCCGCCAUCAUCAUUCCCCCAGACGACAAGUUCCUCAGUGGCCACAGCUCCCACAUUCAAUGCGCCAAAUGCUCGACGGACCUCUGCCUCACCUCGCAGAUCAUAAGCAAAGGCUUCAUGGGCAGACAUGGCCGCGCAUUCCUGGUCCAGGGAACGACCAGCCACAUCGAAACCAUGACGCCUGCCCUACCCAACACGUUUCAAAACAAGUCCAUCUCGAGAAAUCUGGUCACGGGUCAGCAUGUCGUAAGCGACAUCAGCUGCGCCAUCUGCGGGAGUAUCCUGGGCUGGAAAUACGUCGAGGCGAGCGAAGAGAGCCAGAAAUACAAAGUCGGCAAGUUCAUCCUCGAAACCAGGAGGAUUCGAGUGAGCGUGUGCUGGGAAAAUGACGAGCAGGAUACGACACCCGUGCAGACAUAUGACGAGGCCCUUCCGCUCCCGACGCGCGAGUUGAGGAGGUUGGUCGAUGGGCCUAGUGGCGGCGCCCCCCGCGCUGACGGUGACCUGCAAUUCGAUUCCCAGGACGAAGACGAAUGUGAAGACCUCUUUGCAGGCGUGUGGAGCGCUCAGCUCGCGGCUAAGAGGCGGCAGCGGAAGAAAGAAAGAUUUGGAAGGAAUCCCAUUAGCGGAAUGCUGAACUUUGGCGCCGGGAGCAGUAACGAUACACUGGCAUGA